AUGUAUUUUACGAUCGAAGUUUCCAGGACGCUGGUCGUUCUCCUCUUCGGAUUGAGUGGUGCACUGGCUGCACCCGCUCCCUUCACCUUCUCUCCUUUGCCUGAUGCUGCGGCCAACGUAUCCGCUCUGACGGCCCUGGGCUCCACCUCGGUCAAGUCCACCCUCGUCAAACGACUCUUCAUUUCCUCCACCCCAUCCUCAGUCUCAACCUCAGACCUUCACCCACUCUCUGAACGCGCAGAAAAAGGAGUCACACUCUCGUUGAAGCGUUACGUACCGAGGACUGUCCAUGAGAAUGAAACACACCCAAUCAUCGCACACCACCAGAAACGGAGACGAGCACAAAAUCGUUGGGCGUCCCUCUUGUCGAAUGCUACUUCUCCCUCUUCUACCCCCGAAGAAGAUGUCGGCACCCUCCUCAAACGUGCUCUCAACCUGACAACUCUCCAACCAUUUCCCUCCCUCACCAAACGCAACCCCUCCACCUCCUCCUCCUCAUCAUCAUCCAAAUCAGCCAACACUUUCGCAAUUGAAGCCGCCGUGCCUCCGCAAUUGGAUACCUCCCUCCCCCUCGACGAGUUUGGGAGCGAUAUCACAUACUUCUCAUCCCUCCUCAUCGGAUCCUCACAGAAAGAGUUCUCAGUCGUCAUGGACUCGGGUAGUUCAGAUCUGUGGGUGAUGAGUGCGAAUUGUACGGAUGCGGCGUGCAUGAACCACGAUACUUUAUCCACCGCGGAUUCGACGAGCUUGGCUGUAUCUGGAUCUCCUUUCCAGAUUACAUAUGGGAGUGGGGCUGUCGAGGGUGUGUUGGUACAAGAUACCGUGCAAUUCGGGGACGCGGCAGGGAUACCACCAGUGCAGGGUCUCACAUUUGGGUUGAGCGAGAGGGUGAGUAACCAAUUCGCUUCCCUCCCCACCGAUGGGAUCCUCGGGCUUGGAAACCAAGCCGCAUCCGCCGAAGGUGUCCCAACACUCCUCUCCCUCCUCCUCCCCUCCUUGAACUCUCCCUCUCAAAAUCAGAUCGGGGUUAACCUACAACGUGCAGCAGACGGUACUCGAGACGGACAAGUCGACCUCGGCAUCCUCGAUACCACAAAGUUCGAUCCGACCGCGAUGGUGUUUGUCGAUAAUGUUAGUGAACGCGGGUUAUGGGAGGUGGAGAUGGAUGACGUACAGGUGGGUGGGAUAGGGCUCAAUUUGACGGGUAGGACUGCGAUUGUGGAUACCGGCACGACCCUAAUCCUCGCUCCACCCUCCGAUGCCCUCGCCCUCCACCAACUCAUCCCCGGUGCGGCCGCUUCCUCCUCUGAUGCCUCGGGGGCCACCAUGUUCUACAUCCCCUGCACAACCACAACCGCCCUCAACCUCGUCAUUUCCUCAACCCCCUUCACCAUCUCCCCGAAAGAUUAUGUCGGAUCCCCGGUUGGUGGUGGGAUGUGUGUGUCUAAUAUCGUGGGAGAAAGUGUAGGGGGAGCGGGGGAAUGGCUUGUGGGUGAUGUGUUUUUGAAGAAUGUGUAUGUGGUGUUUGAGUAUGGGAAGCAGCAGGUGGGAUUGGCGCCUCAAUUGGAGGGGACGGGGACAGCGCAGACGGUGGUGAGUGCGAGUGCGUCGGCCAGUGCGACGAGUACGGCGGGAGCGAAGGGUGUUAAGAGUGCGGCGGCGGACACGGGGAAUGGGACUGCAACAGACGUCAAGGCUAUGGCAUCUUCUUCGGUUGCGAUGAGGCUGGCAAGUGUUGGGAUGACUGCGUGGAUCGUGGUUUUCUCUGCCACUGCCGGCAUUUUACUCAUGUGA